GGCGGGGCGACGGCAGACCGCGGUGGGCCGGGAGGCGGGGAGGCCCGCGGUUUCCUCGGACUGGGGAGCAGGGCGAGGUGGAGCGCGCGCGCGCGUGUGUGUGUGCCUGUGCGCGCGUGUUCGUGAUCCAGUCCACUGCAUCUCUUCUGUCUCUGAGUCAACUGGAGAAGGAGGAUCAAGGUGGAAUAUCCAUGGAGAUGUGGAACCUGGUCACCAACUUCUAACUGCAGAACUGGGAUGUGGAGCUGGAAGUGCCUCCUCUUCUGGGCUGUGCUGGUCACAGCCACACUGUGCACUGCCAGGCCGGCCCCGACCUUGUCUGAACAAGCCCAGCCCUGGGGAGGCCCUGUGGAAGUGGAGUCCCUCCUGGUCCACCCUGGUGACCUGCUGCAGCUUCGCUGUCGGCUGCGGGAUGAUGUCCAGAGCAUCAACUGGCUGCGGGAUGGGGUGCAGCUCGUGGAAAGCAACCGUACCCGCAUCACAGGGGAGGAGGUGGAGGUGCGGGACUCCGUGCCCGCCGACUCCGGCCUCUACGCCUGUGUGACCAGCAGUCCCUCUGGCAGUGACACCAGCUACUUCUCCGUCAAUGUCUCAGAUGCGCUCCCCUCCUCGGAGGAUGAUGAUGACGAUGAUGACUCCUCUUCCGAGGAGAAAGAGACAGACAACACCAAACCAAACCGUAUGCCCGUAGCUCCAUAUUGGACGUCCCCAGAGAAGAUGGAAAAGAAACUGCACGCGGUACCAGCUGCCAAGACUGUGAAGUUCAAAUGUCCUUCUAGUGGGACACCCAACCCCACGCUGCGCUGGUUGAAAAAUGGCAAAGAAUUCAAACCUGACCACAGGAUUGGAGGCUACAAGGUCCGUUAUGCCACCUGGAGCAUCAUCAUGGACUCCGUGGUGCCCUCUGACAAGGGCAACUACACAUGCAUCGUGGAGAAUGAAUAUGGAAGCAUCAACCACACCUACCAGCUCGAUGUUGUGGAGCGGUCCCCUCACAGGCCUAUCCUGCAGGCAGGGUUGCCUGCCAACAAGACAGUGGCCCUGGGCAGCAAUGUGGAGUUCAUGUGUAAGGUGUACAGUGACCCACAGCCCCACAUCCAGUGGCUGAAACACAUCAAAGUGAACGGGAGUAAGAUUGGUCCGGACAACCUGCCUUAUGUUCAGAUCUUAAAGACUGCUGGAGUUAAUACCACCGACAAGGAGAUGGAAGUGCUUCACUUAAGGAAUGUCUCCUUUGAGGACGCGGGGGAGUAUACAUGCUUGGCGGGUAACUCUAUCGGACUCUCCCAUCACUCUGCAUGGUUGACCGUUCUGGAAGCCCUGGAGGAGAGACCUGCCGUGAUGACCUCGCCCUUCUAUCUGGAGAUCAUCAUCUACUGCACGGGGGCCUUCCUCAUCUCCUGCAUGGUGGGUGCUGUAAUCGUCUACAAGAUGAAGAGUGGCACCAAGAAGAGUGACUUCCACAGCCAGAUGGCCGUGCACAAGCUGGCCAAGAGCAUCCCUCUGCGCAGACAGGUAACAGUGUCAGCUGACUCCAGCGCAUCCAUGAACUCUGGAGUUCUUCUGGUCCGGCCCUCACGUCUCUCCUCCAGUGGGACCCCAAUGCUAGCUGGGGUCUCUGAAUAUGAGCUUCCUGAAGACCCCCGAUGGGAGCUGCCCCGGGACAGACUGGUCUUAGGCAAACCCCUGGGAGAGGGCUGCUUUGGGCAGGUGGUGCUGGCGGAAGCCAUUGGGCUGGACAAGGACAAACCCAACCGUGUGACCAAAGUGGCUGUGAAGAUGUUGAAGUCUGAUGCAACAGAAAAGGACCUGUCAGACCUGAUCUCUGAGAUGGAGAUGAUGAAGAUGAUUGGAAAGCACAAAAACAUCAUCAACCUGCUGGGGGCCUGCACACAGGACGGUCCUCUGUAUGUCAUCGUGGAAUAUGCCUCCAAGGGCAACCUGCGGGAGUAUCUGCAGGCCCGGCGGCCCCCGGGGCUGGAAUACUGUUACAACCCCAGCCAUAACCCUGAGGAGCAGCUCUCCUCCAAGGACCUGGUAUCCUGUGCCUACCAGGUGGCCCGAGGCAUGGAAUAUCUUGCCUCCAAGAAGUGCAUCCACCGAGACCUGGCCGCCAGGAAUGUCCUGGUGACGGAGGACAAUGUGAUGAAGAUCGCAGACUUCGGCCUGGCCCGAGACAUUCAUCACAUCGACUACUAUAAGAAGACAACCAAUGGCCGGCUGCCAGUAAAGUGGAUGGCCCCCGAGGCACUAUUUGACCGGAUUUACACUCACCAGAGUGAUGUGUGGUCGUUUGGGGUCCUCCUGUGGGAAAUCUUCACACUGGGUGGCUCCCCAUAUCCUGGGGUGCCUGUGGAGGAGCUUUUCAAGCUGCUGAAGGAGGGUCAUCGUAUGGACAAGCCCAGUAACUGCACCAAUGAGCUGUACAUGAUGAUGCGGGACUGCUGGCAUGCAGUACCCUCUCAGAGACCCACCUUCAAGCAGCUGGUAGAAGACCUGGACCGCAUUGUGGCCUUGACCUCCAACCAGGAGUAUCUGGACCUGUCGAUGCCCCUGGACCAGUACUCACCUGGCUUUCCUGACACCCGAAGCUCCACCUGCUCCUCAGGGGAGGAUUCGGUCUUCUCUCAUGAGCCGUUGCCUGAGGAGCCCUGUCUGCCCCGACACCCGACCCAGCUUGCCAAUGGUGGACUCAAAAGGCGCUGACCACCGCUCCAGAUCCCAUCAUCAACUGAACCCUUCAUCCACACUCCCUGCCAGACUCACUGCCUGUCCCCAUGCCCCUUCCUGCUGGCAAGGGCCAGCCACCUGUCAAGGCCUUCCUGUGUGGCCUGCCUUCCCUCUGCUGGGCUUCCUUCUUCCUCCUCCUCCUCUCUACCUGCUUGUGAGAGAGGAGCAGAAAGACGGGCACCAGCCAGGGGCCACUUCCUUCCCCCCAGUGUCGGACCAAAGCUCCCUCCCUGCCCUGGCACUACCUGGAGGGCUGGGUGGGGAGACGAGAAGGCACUGGGCAGAGCUUCCUGAGAUGCUGGUACUGGUUCUGUGAUUCACCUUAGCCGUCAGCCCCUUGCAUUCUGGUGGCAGGUGCCUUGUCCUCAGGGCUACUAGAGUAGGAGGUCACUGCUUCAGGCCUCAAUUGAAGGUGAACUCUGCUCCAGAUGGAUGGUGCCAGUGGCUUAAGAAUUCCAAUACUAAUUUGCUUUGCUGACCAAAUACCUGGUACCAGAGGAUGGUGGGGCAAAGACUGGGAGCAGCGAUGUGGCCCUGGGGCCCAGCCCUGAACUGGGGGCUUUGUACAUAGCUAUGAAGAAAACACAAAGUGUAUAAAUCUGAGUAUAUAUUUACAUGUCUUUUUAAAAGGGUCGUUACCAGAGAUUUACCCAUUGGGUAAGAUGCUCCUGGUGGCUUGGAGGCAUCAGUUGCUAUAUAUUAAAAACAAAGAAAAAAGGAAAAAAAAAGGAAAAUGUUUUUAAAAAGGUCAUAUAUUUUUUGCUACUUUUGCUGUUUUAUUUUUUUAAAUUAUGUUCUAAACCUAUUUUCAGUUUAGGUCCCUCAAUAAAAAUUGCUGCUGCUUCAUUUUUAUAUGGGCUGUGUGAAAAGGGAGCAGACGUCCCCUGGAGAGGAGGGAGGCGAGGCCCUUGGGCCGUCUGUCCGGCAGGCACUGCUCAUCCCCUGCAGUUUCCUCAUCAUCUGUGUCGUAGGUCACACACCCUGACCUCCAUGACAAACCUCCUACCUCUCCGAAGCUUUUGGGAAGAAAGGAAAAGAGGACAUCCGCAUCGUGGGCAGGAUCCUCCUGUCUGCACCCCAGAGCGCUGGGCAGAAAGCCAAGGCCCAGCAACCCCGACCACAGACUGUUUCCACUGUUUCCGCAGAGGGGAGAGAGGGAGGGGCCCUGGGGUAGCCAAGCAGGAGUGCUCAAGUGACGAGGAGAGGCCUGCACUCACUCCCAGAUGUGUCUGCCCUCUCCCUGUGGGUGAGGUGUGGCCUGUGACGAGUGACGGAGGGAAAAUUUGUCGCCUAAGGCUAGCUCUGCAUUUAGGUUCCCAGCUUCAUCUUUUCCCCCAAUCUAAUGUGUUCAUUACCCUCCCACAAACCGUUCUUCCUGCCUCUGCAGGACCAGACUGUGCUUCUUGGGUCUGUCGCAGAUCUUGGCUUCCUAUAGUUCUUCCUGUACAGACUCCACCCCAGACCUCUGUUUUUGUUUUUGCACUGCUUGGAAACUUCCGCCCCCUGCUGGUGUCACUGUCCUCACCAAGUGGAUUCUGGCUUCUUGGCACCUUACUGUUCAACCUACUCGGCCUCUGUCCUCACAGCUUCCUUUCUGCUGGUUACAGACAACUCCAUGUGCUUUCAUUUCUGUGGAAAAGUGGGAUUGCUGCUUCACAUUUUCCUUUUGGAGCUGAUAGUUGUUGGCAGCUGCAGUGCUGAUCGCUAUUGUAAAAUUCUCCUGCUUUUGUUUCUCUGAAUAUGCAACUGUCAACAUAUUACCAUUUCUGUUUGUGUUUAAAGAAGGUACAAUUUGGUGAACAGAGCCAGGAAAUGAAUUUUAUCUCUUAAAAUCAUUUGCUUUAAGACCACACAGUAGUGUCUUUCCUUGUGAAACAGCAAUGGUCAUUCUUGCGUUGGCCCUGCUUUGAUGUGUGUGGAUGGCAGGGUCUAUAAAGGACUUCGUAUGCAUUCGAGAGCCGUGCAAGGCACCGUUACUAUAACGGUGAUGUUGCUGCUGUUACUACUCAAAUCACCCACAGAUUUCCCCAGAGACUGAGCUGGCUGUCAAAUAAAAGAUAGUAAAAUUGA